AUGUUUGUGUACAAUAUAGCUGACCUCUGCGUGUUUCAAAGGGUGGCUUUAAUCACCGGCGCAGGAGGCUCCAUCGGGCGAGCAGUAGCGCUUGGAUUUGCUCGACACGGAGUGACCGGCAUCGCCGGCCUGGACGUCAGCAGCAAGGGGCUCCAAGGGACAGCUUCCGCCCUCUCUGCAGUAUACCCAGCUGUCAAGUUCCUGCCCAUCACCGCAGAUUUGACCUCCGAGUCAGCCGUUGCGAACGCUGUCUCCCAGGUUGUUGCCGAGUUUGGAGCGAUACAUUAUGCAGCCAACAAUGCCGGCAUAGGACGACCUUUUGGACCGACGCAUGAGACAGACACAAAAGAUUAUGAUUGCGUGAUGGAGGUCAAUGUUAAGGGCGUCUGGCUCUGUGAGAAAUAUGAACUAGAACAAAUGCUCAAACAGGAACCUCGACAAGUCAAUCCGAGCGUACCUGGGGUGUUGGAGCGAGGCUCGAUCGUCGUUACAGCCUCUACCUUGGGACUGCGAGCUAUGUCCAACCUGAGUGUUUAUAACAUGUCCAAACAUGCAGUCCUAGGGCUGACCAGGACUGAUGCCAUCGAUUAUGGGAGAAAAGGCGUGCGCGUCAAUGCAGUCUGCCCAGGGUUUGUCGACACCCCCUUAUUGCUGGAGUCAACGAAGCAGGCCCUGGCAAGCACCAUCGAUAGGAUACCACAAGGGAGACUGGCAAUGCCGGAGGAAGUGGCAGACAGUGUCUGCUUUUUGGCCAGCGGUUUGGCAAGCCACAUAAUUGGGGUCGCUUUGCCAGUUGAUGGUGGCUUUGUCGUCACCUAG